CGAGAGUCUGAGCCCGCUCGAGCUCUACGCCGUGCCCAGUCCAGUGCUCUUUUUGUUGUUUUGGGUUCUUCUUUCCUACGGCGGAGACCCUCUGCCGGGUCCUCCCGCUCCCUCCGGCGCAGCGCAAGCCUCUCCCCGUCCCGCGCGGAGCAGCCCAGCCGGAGCGGCGAUGCGCCUCAUUCAGAACAUGUGCACCAUCGCGGAGUACCCGGCUCCGAGCAGCGCCGCCGCUGCCGAUUAUUGCCUGGGGGCGGCGGGCCGCCGGCUAGUCAAGAUCGCUGUGGUGGGGGCCAGCGGCGUGGGCAAGACCGCUCUGGUGGUGCGGUUCCUCACCAAACGAUUCAUUGGUGACUACGAAAGAAAUGCAGGUAAUCUCUACACCAGACAAGUCCAAAUAGAAGGUGAAACUCUGGCUAUUCAAGUUCAAGACACUCCAGGCAUUCAGGUCCAUGAGAAUGGCUUGAGCUGCAACGAACAGCUGAAUAGGUGUAUUCGCUGGGCAGAUGCUGUGGUGAUCGUUUUCUCCAUCACCGACCACAAGAGCUAUGAACUCAUUGGCCAGCUCCACCAUCACGUCCAGCAGCUACACUUGGGCACUCGGCUUCCUGUCGUGGUCGUGGCCAACAAAGCUGACCUGUUGCACGUGAAACAGGUGGACCCUCAGCUUGGACUCCAGCUGGCCGGCAUGCUGGGCUGCUCGUUCUAUGAAGUGUCCGUCAGCGAAAAUUACAACGACGUCUACAACGCUUUCCAUGUCCUGUGCAAAGAAGUGAGCCACAAACAGCCACCGAGCAGCACGCCAGAGAAGCGGAGAACCUCCCUCAUCCCCAGGCCCAAGUCCCCCAACAUGCAGGACCUGAAGAGGAGGUUCAAGCAGGCCCUUUCUGCCAAAGUGAGGACUGUCACCUCUGUCUGAAGCAGAGGCCCUCCAGGGGGUUUGGUCUUCCCAGGAAGAGAGUCGGAGGCUCUGCCAGUGCAGGAGCAUUGAAUGCUGGCAGUAAUUCAUGGUUCCAAAUGGGGCUGGAGCAGGGAGGCCGGGGGGCCUGUGGAACUGGUGUGGAAAAGAAAGUGUUGUUCUGAGCAGGGGGACAGAACUGAUAAGGCUUGAAUGAGCCCACUGAGCCAC